AUGUCGACCCCACCAGCACCUCAAUCAUCCGAUGAAACUAGCUCGUCCUUGACAGUAAGGCAGCAAGCCAAGCUUCUUCUCGCGAUCCUUCCCAAGGUCCCAUUGAUCGUCCAGACGGCUCUGCUCCAUAUAUUACACCUGUCGGCGUCGGCGAAACAUCUUGACCUCCGCGGCGAACUGAUCGUUGCCGUUCUUCGUUCGUUCUUGCAAACCAACAAACCACGUACCAUUUCGUCGACGCAGCGUCUUGUCAAUCGGGAUCCUGGCGUCAAAGGAAGGCUAUGGGUGGCCAACUAUGCCGCGCCCGCGCCGCCAGAGACUGGUGUCCGUGAUGCGCUGACUGCCGCCAUCGAGGCGCUGCAAGACCGUUCAACGGCAUUAUCCGCCAAGGCGCCCCUUCGACUGCCCAAGAUCGUGGCGGUCGAGGCCGAGUGGACGGGAUACCGCGCGGCCGCAGCCCAGGAUGCGACGCUGCCAGCCAUAUCAGAGAGGGAGAGGUAUGACGAGAUGCAGAAGGAGGUCCAGACUCCUCUCACCGUUCUCUACUUCCACGGCGGCGCCUACUACCUCGGCGACCCAUGUGCCUACCGGGCCGUUACGAAGAAGCUGGCCAAGCUGACGGGUGGUCGAUGUUACUCGGUCCGGUAUCGUCUAGCGCCCCAAGAUCCGUUUCCGGCAGCCGUGCUGGAUGCGUUGACCUCCUACCUGGCGCUUCUGUACCCCCCACCAGACGCUUACCACGAGGCGAUCGAAGCACAAAAUAUUGUGUUUUCAGGUGACAGUGCCGGCGGCAACCUGAGCCUAGCCCUGCUACAGACCCUGCUGGAACUCCGACGGCAGAAGCGCACCAUUGCCUGGUUCGGCGAGGAGCGCGAGGUGCCGCUGCCGGCCGGCGUCGCCGCGUGCUCGCCGUGGAUGGACAUCACGCAGAGCUCGCCCAGCUGGGAGGCCAACGGCGCCUUUGACUACCUGCCGACGCCGACGCGGCACCGCGCCAUCAGCAUCCCCCCCUGCGAGGCGUGGCCGGCGAGCCCGCCACGCACGAGCAUGUACGCCGACGACGCGCUGCUCGCGCACCCGCUGGCGACGCUGCUCAUGGCGCGCAACUGGACCGGGGCGCCACCGGUGUACGUGUGCACGGGCUGGGAGCUGCUCGCAGACGAGGACAAGUACAUCGCGAAGCAUCUGCGCAGCCAGGGCGUCCCCGUCGUGUUCGAGGAGUACGAGGGUAUGCCGCAUUGUUUUGUGCUGCUGAUGCCCGGCAUGCCGAACGCGCAGCGCUGCUUUGAGGGGUGGACGGGGUUCAUGAAGGCCGUCGUUGGCACAUUUGGCGGGAUCGAGUCGCGGGCUGUCAGCGUCAAGGCCAAGACCCUGGAGGAGACGGAGCUCAGCUUUGAGAGCCUCAGCGAGGUGACAGAGGAGGCGAUGAGGAGUCGGGUACUGAAGUCAAUUGCAGAUAAUGUUCCUGCACCGCUCGAGGCCUCAGCCAAGUUGUAG